GAUCGCGUUCAUGCUGUUGUUUCCUCUCGGUGGCUGCAGAAGUUGGUGAUUGGGACGACCCUGUUCGCCAUCGCGGGGGUCCUGCUCUACAUACCAGCAGCCGUCGGCUAUUUCUUUCUGUACUACAAGUACCUUCCGCGACUGGAGACAACCGUCCCGGUACAUUUGCAAUAUGGCGUCGGCCCCAACCCCUUCGGCAUCGCCUCCUUCAGGGGUAUCGCCAACCGCCAGGCCUACGACAUUGAAGUCUCACUUACUCUUCCGCGCUCCCCGACCAACCUUGACCGCGGCAACUUCAUGCUCGCGCUGCACCUCCUCUCACCAAGCGGCACUGCCUCCGACGCCAUCCCAAUUACCACCCCGAAAACCAUCCCCUACCUACUGCCCGCCCGGCCGCUCUCCGAUUCCUCAGCCCAAGAACCACCGUCGUCAUCAUCAUCAUCGUCCUCCUGGCACUCCCUCGACGCCCUCCUCCAACCAACACGCCUAGACCUCCCCUCUUUCCUCGCUUCGCACACCAUCGUGCACACCACAGCGCGGCCGGCACUGAUUCCCUACGUCGACCCGCUCGCGUCGCUGGCGUCGCGCGUGCUCUUCCUAGGCUACCACCUGCUCGCCCCGCGCGGCGCGGCCGCCGUGCGCCUGACCGUCCCGAUGGCCGAGGGCCUGGCCUUUGCCGUGCCGCGCCGCGACGCCGCCCGCGUGCUGCCGGACAGCCUGCUGCUGGAGGUCCAGGCCGGCCAGGCCAUCCAGGUGUACGACGCCCGCGUGACGCUCGUCGCCAGGCUGCGCGGCCUGCAGGGCUUCAUGUACCGCUGGCGCGUCACCGCCUUCGUGCUGUUCACGGCGGCGUUCUGGAUGACUGAGAUGGUGGUGAUGGCUGUGGUGUUGGUUGUGGUAGGGGUCAAACUUGGGGGGCGGGGAGAGGAGGGUGAUGGGGAGGAGGGCAAGGAGGGGAAGGAUGGCGGGGAGGACGGGAAUGGGGCCUCCGGGGACGCUGGGGACGCUGGGGACACUGGUGGGUAUGGGGACACUGAUGAGUAUGGGGAUAAUGGGGACCAGAGUGGUGGUAGUGAGGAUGACGAAAAGGGGGAUUUGGGGACAGAGGUAGCCAAGGACCGGGAAAGGAGGAUUAAGGCCGAGGGCUCGCUUUCUUCUGCUCCAGAGACGAGGACGGUAAAGAAAGAGGAAGAGGGGGCGCGGUCGAUGGCGGAUGUUCCCUCUUACCCCACCGGGUCGAGUACGGAAGCAGGUGAUGAAGAUGAGGGGAAGCGGGAGGAGGGACCUGAGUCGAAGGAUACAGGGACUCGGUCUAGUAGUAGCCAAGUGACGGAAGGGGUCGCGAGAAGGAGAUUUCUCUUGUCGAGGGAGGACAAUUCAGUAAGUGGAGAUUAACUAAUGGUGUUCAGAUGUUGUAUCGUUGAAUUAAAGACGGGUACCUAAUCAGUUAAGCAGUAACUAUGAACGGACAUCCUUAGCAUAUCGCACCAAUGCCAGCCAAGUAAUUAAGAAGCAAAAAUGCAACUCCUGAAUGUUGUCAAGCAGGUCGUUGUCGAAAGCCUCCGAUCAGCAGCAGGGAACUCGAUGACAGCAUCAUGAUGACUGCACAUUGACAUGUCAGGCACCAGGAACGGCGCUGCCAACUCAUUCCAAUGCCGCUGGGCACUGUGUUGGCGGCUUCGACAAAACGCCCAAAGCGGGGCUGGACAUCUCAUCUCAGUGCUCAACUUGAACUCAAUAAUCAGAAAAAGCUCCUCGAGGCUGCU